UGACGUCACCGGCUGUGCUGGGGAGUAUAGGCUGUGUUGUCAGCCCAGUGUCAGUCUGAUGAAGAUUGGCAUUCAGGCUCUGUUUUAUCAAGAAGGGAAAACGGCAACCGUGAACAGAAGAAAACCUCAUUAGAAAAACGCCUUGUUGCUGAGGACAACCCAUUUGAGUCCCUGCCGGCGUUUCCAAUUACUCUCGCCGCUCGGCUGUAAUUGCCUUCCUGCUAAUGGCCGCCAGACAAUCGUGCUAAAUGAGACUCUCGAUGUGAAGCUAUCCCAUGAUGCAACAUGUGCCUCCAGUGCCAGCACUGACAAUGAUGGCCACACAGAGUGUCCCUCCACCUUCGUACCAGGAGAGCCAACAGAUGACGGGCACAACUCAGCAGAACUCCAAGGCCCAGCCUGUCCACAUCCCAGCAUCCUCAGCAGCAGGGGCAGCUGCUGUCAGUGUGACUCUUGACCCUCAAGCCCAGCUGGAGUCAGACAAGCGAGCUGUGUACAGACACCCCCUGUUCCCCCUGCUGGCUCUGCUGUUUGAGAAGUGCGAGCAGGCCACGCAGGGCUCCGAGUGCAUCACCUCCGCCAGCUUCGACGUCGACAUCGAGAACUUCGUCCACCAGCAAGAGCAGGACCACAAGCCGUUCUUCAGCGAGGACCCCGAGCUCGAUAACCUGAUGGUGAAAGCAAUCCAGGUGCUGCGGAUUCACCUGCUGGAGCUGGAGAAGGUGAACGAGCUCUGCAAGGACUUCUGCAACCGCUACAUCACCUGCCUCAAGACCAAGAUGCACAGCGACAACCUGCUGAGGAACGACUUGGGAGGACCUUACUCGCCCUCGCACACUUCCCUGAACCUCCAGCAGAUGAAGGCCAUGACAGACCUGAAGGAACGCAACUUGCUUGCAGACAUAAUUGACCUGCUGCAGAACUCCGCCCCUUCCAUGACAACGGUCUCCAGCUCCGUCAAUCCCUCGGGGAUUGUGGUCCCAGCCAGCGCUCUGCAGCAGGGCAACGUCGCCAUGACAACCAUCAACUCACAAGUCGUAUCAGGGGGGACCUUGUACCAGCCAGUGACCAUGGUGACGUCACAAGGGCAGGUGCUCACCCAGGCUCUUCCCCAGGGAACUAUCCAAAUCCAGAAUGCGCAGGUGAACCUGGACCUUUCGUCCCUCCUGGACAACGACGAUAAGAAGUCGAAGAACAAGCGAGGGGUCCUUCCGAAGCACGCCACCAACAUCAUGCGGUCAUGGCUCUUUCAGCACCUCAUGCACCCUUACCCCACAGAGGACGAGAAGCGACAGAUCGCAGCACAAACCAAUCUAACCUUACUGCAGGUCAACAACUGGUUCAUCAACGCCCGGAGACGGAUCCUGCAGCCCAUGCUGGAUGCCAGCAACCCUGACCCGGCUCCCAAGGCCAAGAAGAUGAAGUCCCAGCACAGGCCCACGCAGCGCUUCUGGCCGGACUCCAUCGUGGCCGGGGUCCUCCAGCCACACGGGGCGCACUCCGCCAACAGCACCGAUGAUUUCAGUGCAGCUCAUGUGUUUUUCUGUGCCCCAGGCUCCCUGGCCAUGGACAGCCUGCAGCCCCUGUCCUCGGACUCGGCCACGCUGGCCAUGCAGCAGGCCAUGCUGGGGGGCGGCGGGGAGGACUCCCUGGACGGCACGGAAGAGGAGGAGGAGGAGGAGGAGGAGGAGGAGGAGGAGGAAGAGGAGGAGAUGGAGGAGGAGGAAGGGGAGGGAGGCAGGCAGCUGCACACCACCAGCGUGGGAGACCUGGGCUUGGAGCACAGCGAGGCCCUGGAGUGAAGCACCCCUCCGCACAUCCCCGCGGCCGUGCCCGCGGCCACAGCACUCUCGUCUCACUGAGCAAACCGCACCGGGCCAGUGGCCAGCCUCGGGACUGGCGCAGCUUCUCAGCAACACAAAAAAAGAAACUACGCAAACCUGAGACUCACAUUUGCAAGUGUAAAGGGAUGCAUGUCUGGAAUGCUAAUCAUUUUCUGUACGCCCCCCCCAAGAAAGACUUACCGUGUGUUGAUAUGCCCUCUGUGAUGAUGGUAACACGAAGAUGAACAUAAACAUCUUUUCAGUUUAACAGCCAUUAUGGCAGAAGAAAUUCCAUAUUCCGAUUAAACAUAACCUUCAUUAUAGAUAUUGAACCCUAAAAUCAUGUUUUUUUUAAUGAAUUUACCACAUAUAUGAGCCACUGUUUACAUUUUUCCAAAUAGAUAUACUGUAGAUAAACCUGUUUUUUUUUUUUAAUAUAUGUCGGUUCUCUGGAUCAUAAUGUCAAGAUUAAUUCAUUAAUCUCAGGUUAACUUCUGAGCUUGGGUAUUAAUCCUUCGAGGGCAUUUCAGACACAUGGAUUCACACAUUGCACAAAUCCCAGGGGCUGUUAUGCUCACGGCACGACUGAUCACCAUUUUAGCGUUAUCCUCAACGAAUUUCAAAUGCAUAACGAAAAAGAAAAAAAAAAACAUGCCCCUUUGAGCUUCUGGUUCGGGUUAGGGUUUGGUCUUCAAGAGGCAUAAUCUCCACGGAUAUUCUCACACUGCUUUUAUUUUUUAUGAAGAAUCACGGAGGCCAAGGCCCUUUUUUUAAAAAAAAACCUCAUGGAUUGGGAAACAAAAUAUUCUUCAAACAAAUCACACAUCACUAGAAAACCCAUAGAAGCCACUAGGAGUGCGGGCUGCUUUUCUGCUGGUGUCCUGCGAAUCGUCGAGUAAAUCUCAAGUCAAGAAGCCACGCAGAUCAAGUGAACCCAAGAGCAAGAUUUUUUUUUUAAAAGUUAUUUUUCCCCUUUCUUCCCCUCGCCCCUGAACAACCUUCUUCUCCUGUUUCAAGCUCUUCAUUAGCUUGUUUUUAAAAAGUGAAUACGGCACAAGAAGCUUUUGGUCUGCACUUUUGUCUGCAGCGGUGAACAAGAAACAGACAAUGAAAACACAGCACUACUGCUUCCUCCUGCAGAACAAGGACAUCCAAAUUUGCUGGAUAACAUUUAAAAAGACAUUUAAAUAGGAUUUUUUUUUAAAAGGGAUUGUAUUGACGGACGUGCAGUACUGUAACAAGGGAUGUGAAAACUGACAAAUCUGAACCGAAAGUCACAGACAUUGAAAUGUUUCUCCUUGUUCACACUGAGGAUUUACAAACUGUGAAGGACAUUUUUGCCUUUUUUUGUGCAACACGAACAAAUAUUGUGUUUUUCUUUUAUAAAAAAAAAUAUUCUCCGUUCUUGAAUGUUCAUGGAACUGUUCAUUGUGAAGUCUGUUUCUCAUUACUGUUUUAUUUAUCUUUUCGCUUGCUCUCCCUUUCUUCUGUCAGGUCGAAAAAUGGAGAAACUCCAUUUUUAUUUUGUUUGUACACAUUGCUGACAUAAUCUAUGGUGUUUCAAUAGAAUGUUUUUAAUAAUUAAAAACAAAGUUGGACCUAUUAGUUUAAAGUUUUUUUUCUCAAGUUACCUAAACAGACUAUACUUUACCAAAUGACAAAUGUCUGAUGUUGUGCCCCAUGGCUAGUUUGCUUUAUGUGCUUCAGACCAAGAAAUAAAUUGCCAUCUCCUA